AUGAAUUAUCUCACGGGCUUUUUGUUCAUUAAUUUUAGUAAAAUUGAGCCGCUGUCAACAUCAAACAUUGAAUAUUUAACGAUUGAUACAUGCCCACCAAAUCGGUUAUAUCGACUGUUUAUGCUUUCACCUCAAUUAAAAUAUUUGAAUAUAAGAGACAUGUGGAACGAUUACGGCAGAAGUAAACUAGAUUCUAUUUCUUUGUUCGCUCCGAAAGUGAUGGCAUUAUCAAUGACAAUCGAGUAUUAUCUAUGUGAUGAUUUUCACCUACUACUAAAGCAAUUUUCUCAACUAAAACAAUUGUCAUUAAAAGCACGAGGAGAAGAUUUCACCAAUGGAAGGAAAUGGGAGAAUUUCAUUUGUAGCUAUUUACCACGUUUAGAAGAAUUUCGGUUUGUGUGUAACGAUAUUCUGAUAGCAACAACCAUGAACCAAGUAAUCGAAUCAUUUCAAACCGAUUUUUGGACAAAACAACACCAGUGGUAUAUCGUUUGCGAUUUCCAUGUUGAUAGAGAUGAAACAUAUGUUUACACAGUGCCUUAUAUGUUCAAUGAGUUUCGUUUAUGUCCAAUAUCCACCUUUGAAUCGAAAACAACCGUACCAUCGUCGUCAACGUUAUUGGCACAUGCUUAUGAUAAUGUUCAACAACUGUGUUUGAUAUUGAGCGACACAUUGUUCCACCGACAUUAUUCCAAUGUUGAAACGUUAGUACUUUGUCAAGUAGUCGAAAAUGAAACAAUCGGUCAUAACAUUCAAGCGUUGAUAAAUUUAUCAUCUGUAAAACAUCUGACUAUUGACUGUGAUAUAAAGUCAACAUGUUUUCUUCAUUUGUUACAACAAACAACAAUGAGUCUAUCGUCACUAACGUUCGGUAACUCUUGUCCAUUGCUGACGCUAACAAGUAAAUUCAGUGAUAGAGCAAUAUGUGAAUACUUAAACCAACGAAUAACAUCCUUGAAUUUGUCGCAUUACACUUUUUCAGAUGAUUGUAUGAAACAAUUUUAUUGUGUGUUUUCACAUCUACAGCAAUUGCACAUUUGGAUUUAUAAAUGGUAUGAUUUAAUAGAAUUGUUAAAUGAAAUGAAACAUUUAACCUGUGCCACUAUAAGUUGUGAAGAGAAAUUCAAUGUUGGUGAAGAUAUACACAAAUGGUUAAAGGAAAGAACAAGAUUAAAAAAUUUCACUUAUCAGUUUGAUAAUUACAGUAUGAAACUCUGGAUUGGAAGUGUCUAA